AAUGUGAAUGCUGUUAUUGCUUUUUACCUUUGACACCAUUGCAAAUGGCAUAUUUACUUCUUUUUCUUCUCUCUCUUUCUCUCUCUCACCCUCUUCUCUUUCUUCUCUUUUUUCCUUCUGCCAGAAAUGUUCCUGCUCGUCCAGCUGUUACCGUGCAAAGAGCAGACUCCUGACAAGGUUCUCUCUAGUAUCCAAAAAUGGCAAGACGCCCUUCCUUGUACCCAAGAACAAUCACAAAGUCUUGUGUAGUUCUCAGGUCUGCCCAUUCUUUUUCUUUCUCCCAUUUUGCCGAGAAACAAACAAAAGGGUGAACUUUCAACUUGUAGUGUAGUGUAGUGUGGUGCUCAGUCCUUUGUUUCUGAGAAUUCCUUUAUGUUACCUAACAAUGGAGGAACCAAGAAAAACCAUAGUUGAAGAGAGAGAAGAGCUCAUGGUAUCACUUUUUGCUGAUGGUAAAUCAUAUCUAAGAACAGCCCAUUUCCUUUCUCCAUCUUUGGCUUCUAUUGAUGAACAAGUCCCCAAGCUUUUUCCACUCUGUUCUUCCUCCUUUCUCCACCCCACUUUUGAGCCUGGAAAUCUGAAAGUCUCCUUUGAUGGUUGGCCACACCAAAUUGAUGAAUGGGUUUCUUGGGUUGAAAACCUCCAUCCGAAGUAUCAGCAAACAUGGAAAAAGGCGGGUAUUUUUGAAGCAGUUAUUAGCUCCACAUUCGUUAUCCGGAAAUACAGUGAUUUGAUUAUUUGUUUGGCAGAAAAAUGGAGUCCUGAGACGAAUUCAUUCAUCUUUCCUUGGGGUAAACUUCUUGAAGGGAGUAAGGAAAUACAGAGGGAAUCAGGUCAAAAUGCAAAUUUUUCGAAAUGGAUGAAGAGAUUUAUGGGAAGUGGGAGUGAUAUUGAACACGAAGCAUUUCUCUCCUUCUGGCUGUCAAGGUUUGUUUUCAGAGACUCCGGUGGCAUCCUUAUUAGAAAACAUGUAUUUCCAAUUGCAGUUCAUUUGGCAAAGGGAGCGUCUAUGGCACUAGCGCCAGCUGUUCUAGCUAGAAUUUAUAGUGAUUUGAGUUUGCUGAAAGAAAAAAUUGCUUCAACUAAAUUUGAUGUUUGUGAGGCCCUUAUUCUUAGCUCACCUCUGCAUUUAGUUCAACUCUGGGCGUGGGAAAGGUUUCCGGAAUUGCAACCAAAGCCUAAUGUGCUCAAACAUGGUGACCCUAGAUCAGCUCGAUGGAAAGAAGUGAGUGGUCUGAUAGUUGAGGAUGUUAGGAGGGUUUUGGAUUCAGCAGGGGAGAGUUUUCAAUGGCGUCCUUAUGCUACUGUUCUUACUAACUGGCAGUUUCCUAAGUUCUACAAAGAAAAAGAAGAACUUGUAUCAGUUGAUCCGAGGGUGGAUGAAGAAUUAUUUUCCUUUGUUUUAUGUUUGAGGCCAUCUGAAUUGGUUGGAUUAGGAUGUAUACAACAGUACCUUCCUCAUAGAGUAGCAAUGCAGUUUGGAAUGGACCAAGACAUUCCUUGUCACGUUGCUCGACAUGAUGAAACCCCUGAGAUUGCUUGGAAAAAUUAUCUAAGGCCAAUGUUUAAUACAAAAUUGUAUGUUCCGUCCCGUUUCUUUGAGUCUGAUGUUACUGCCAAAUACCUGAGCUGGUGGACUUCUGCAAUUGUGAAGGGUAUAGGCCAAAGAGAAUGGAAAAAAACUCCAAGGGUUUCAGAUGGAAGGAAGGGAGAUAAUGAUGCUGGUGGUCCUCCUGGUUUUCCUCCUAAAUUUAGCAAGGUGAAAACUGAGUACUUCGUUGAGGAAGAAAACACCAAGCAUAAAGCUUCCAAUCCUAGACCGUUCAUGUGUGAUAUGGGUAAGUCUCAAGGUCUUUCAACUUCAAUGGAAGAUUCUGAAGCUUCUGCAAUUAUGAAGGAAAUAGGCCAAAAAAAAUGGGAACAAACUUUGAGGGUCUCAGAAGCAAGAAAGGAAAAUAACGAGGCUAGUAUUCCUCCUGGUUUCCUUCCGAAGGUUAUCAAGGUAACAACCAAGGACUUUGUUGAGGAAGGAGAUCAUCCUAACGUGAGAUCUUGUAACAAGCAUGAUUCUUUCAAUGAUCAACUGUCAAUGUGUAAUGUGGGCAAGGCUCAAGCCCUUCAGAGUCCAAUGGCAGUUAGUCAAGGUUCUGCAGUUAUGGAGUCUCUAACGCCAGCAGAAAAGAUUAGGCAUUCUAUAGUAAAGGUCAAAUGGGAGGAUCAGUUAGAAUGAUCAUGAACACUGAUGAUAGUGAUACUGAGUGUCAAGAGUACAACAAAGAGAAGACCAGCAGCUAUGUUGAAGAACGUAAUUACACUUCACUUCAUAUGAUGGUAUCAGGACUUGAAGCUAGGAUUGCUAGACUUGAAAAAACAGUUGAGCAGGUCAAAGCAGAAAGAGAAGGCCAGUAGUUUGGAAGGAAUCCUAACAAAGGAAAAAACAGCUCCACACCUGGCCUACAACAAAGCUAUGGGUUUUUUCUUUUUCUUUUUCUUUUUUCCUUGCGUUAAUCCACUUGAUCUAGUAUAUAUUAUGUAUGCAUUUGACUCUUUUUAUCAUUAACGUAAUGAACUUAAUGUUGAUAGAACAAAUUGUGUCAUUGUCAUUUUUUCCCAACUUUGGUCUAAUAUGAUAUGUUCAAAUUAAUCAGUGGAUUUUUUGUGUUAAUAGGAUCAUUUGGAGAUUGCUGUGUUGACUGUUGAUUAAUUUCUCUCUCUCUCCUCUCUUAUUCUUUUUCAACAGCCUUUUUUAUGGUUCACAAUUUGCUAUUUUCUUUGUUUGGUGUUUAUUACUAUUCCUUGCCUAAGAAAUUAGUGAAUCAUUU